UAUGGAUUUCUCAAAACCUAUAGGAACUUAAGGGAAAUGUUCAAGAUCGAUGCUGCUGACUACAUGAUGUCCAUUUGUGGAAACGACGCACUUAGGGAACUUUCUUCUCCUGGGAAAAGUGGUAGUGUGUUUUUUCUGUCUCAAGAUGAUCGUUUUAUGAUUAAGACACUCCGCAAAUCAGAAGUUAAGGUCCUUGUAAGAAUGCUUCCAAAGUAUCAUCAUCAUGUGAGGACAUAUGAGAAUACACUCAUAACAAAGUUCUUUGGUCUUCACAGGAUCAAGCCUUCAAGUGGUCAGAAGUUCCGCUUUGUGGUGAUGGGAAAUAUGUUCUGCACAGAAUUGAGGAUCCAUCGAAGAUUUGACUUAAAAGGUUCAUCAUUAGGGCGUUCUGCAGACAAGUUUGAGAUUGAUGAAAGCACAAUACUCAAAGAUUUGGACCUAAACUAUUGCUUCUAUUUGGAACCCUCUUGGCGAAAAGAUUUACUAAGCCAAAUAGAGAUUGACAGUAAAUUCCUGGAAGCACAGCAUAUUAUGGAUUACAGCCUUUUGUUGGGUGUGCAUUAUCGAGCACCACAGCACCUUCGGCCUCUCAUUUCCUACAACCAAAGUAUAAUAUCAGAUGGUUUGGGGAGUGUUGCUGAGGAAGAUACCAUAGAGGAUGACAUAUCUAAUUAUCCCCAAGGCUUGGUUUUGGUUCCUCGUGGAACUGACGAUGAUAACAGUGUUGUUGUGGGCCCUCAUAUAAGAGGCAGCCGAUUACGAGCGUCAUCUGCCGGUGACGAGGAAGUAGAUCUCCUUCUCCCUGGAACAGCAAGACUCCAGAUCCAGCUUGGCGUAAACCUGCCAGCCAGAGCAGAGCAGAUUUUAGGUAAGCAAGAAAAGCAGACGUUUAAUGAAGUCUACGAUGUUGUUCUAUACUUGGGUAUCAUUGAUAUAUUACAAGAGUACAACAUGAGUAAGAAGAUUGAACAUGCAUACAAAUCCAUUCAGUUUGAUUCCUUGUCUAUCUCGGCUGUUGACCCAACAUUCUACUCAGAGCGCUUCUUAGAAUUCAUCCAGAAGGUUUUCCCUCCAAAUUCCAAUACAUGAGCAUGAAAGUAAUCCUCUUGGUAAAGGUGAAUACUCAUCUUUCUGAGUGCUUCUGAAUGCCUUAUUUAGUUCCACGGGCAGCCAUGAGGAGUUGUACAGGAGAAGCCGGUAAUGAUAUUUCAGGUAUGGUAAGGCUGUUCUCUGGAACCUUUUAACUAAACUCGGAUGCUGAGAACAUGAGAAUAAAUGUUGUCCAGUAGAUUUAUUCUGCAAUAUAAAUGGUAGACGUUGAUACUAAUUAGUGUAUAGUGAUAGAUUUGUCGUCCUCCGAUUUUGUUUAUUGUGAUUGAAUCCUUUGUUAAUUCGUCUUUUAGAAUUAAAUCACAUUCAAUUUUUUUAAGGAAAA